CUUUCUUACAGAGAAGUUGCUGCUGACUAAACCUAGCGAAAAAUGCUUAUCAUACUUAUCUUUUCCAUGUUUGCAAUGAGUGAUGCUUAUGUACAAUAUAUUAUCGAGGGCGAAAAUUUGGAAAAGAUGCUCAAACGCGAACUAGUGGUACGUUCAGUGAUACCUUUGAAAGGAAAUGGAGUUGAAGUUGAAUGGAUGUGCAUCAAGGUAGAAUGGACAGAAAAUGAUGGGAAGGGUUACUCUAUUGUUUUUAAAAAUGCCUACAUUGCGAAGCUGACUUAUUAUAACAAGCAAGGGGACGAGUUUAUUCUGGACUGGCUUGUUCUCGACGACUGCAAAGGAAGAGAUGGAGCAAUUGAGAGUGUGCCAGAAACAAACCCUACAAAUGAGGGAAUCGAAGUCAAAUACCGCAAUGUUAAGAAACUUAAUAGUGUUGUAGUAUCUCAGCUUUACAAGUUCGAUGAGAAUGCGAACAAAUACAUUCGGGUGUCAAACUCGUAA